AUUUUGCAAUUCAUUGUCAACUCAGCCAUACAUUCAACACACGAACCAAAGUUACCACUCAUUUGAUCCGUCAAUUCAAUUGAGUUUUCUCUUCACAUCACCUGAAGAUCACAUCCGAUGGAGGAAUUAGGGAUUGUUGUCCUCGAAAAGGAGGAGACCUUCGGAAGCGAUGCCAAACAUUUGGUGACCACCUCUUCGACGCCCACACAUGACAACGAAGACUUGGAUGACCUGUACGUGAAGUACAAGAAGCUUCAGCGACAGCUCGAGUUCCUCGAAGUGCAAGAAGAGUACAUAAAAGACGAACAAAAGAACCUGAAGAAGGAGUAUCUUCACGCCCAGGAAGAGGUGAAACGCAUCCAAUCGGUUCCGCUAGUGAUCGGCCAGUUCUUGGAGGCGGUGGACGCCAACACGGGUAUCGUGGGCUCGACCACGGGAUCCAAUUAUUACGUGCGAAUCUUGAGUACCAUCGAUAGGGAGCUCCUGAAGCCGUCCUCGUCGGUGGCGCUCCACAAACACAGCAACGCUUUGGUGGAUGUGUUGCCCCCGGAGGCGGACAGCAGUAUAGCAAUGCUAAGACCCGACGAGAAGCCGGACGUGACGUACGCCGACAUCGGAGGCCUCGACAUCCAGAAGCAAGAGAUCCGGGAAGCGGUGGAACUGCCGUUGACUCACUUCGAGCUCUACAAACAGAUCGGAAUCGAUCCGCCGCGAGGGGUACUGAUGUACGGACCGCCCGGUUGUGGCAAAACAAUGUUAGCCAAAGCGGUGGCCCAUCACACGACCGCCUCAUUCAUACGAGUGGUGGGCUCGGAGUUCGUGCAGAAGUACUUAGGAGAGGGCCCGCGAAUGGUUAGGGAUGUGUUUCGGUUGGCCCGCGAGAACUCGCCCGCAAUCAUCUUCAUCGACGAGAUCGACGCCAUCGCAACCAAACGCUUCGACGCCCAGACCGGCGCCGACCGCGAGGUCCAGAGGAUUCUUCUCGAACUCCUCAACCAAAUGGAUGGCUUCGACCAGACGACGAACGUGAAGGUGGUUAUGGCCACCAAUAGGGCCGACACGUUAGACCCGGCCCUACUCAGACCCGGACGCCUGGACAGGAAGAUCGAGUUCCCGCUGCCCGACAGACGCCAGAAGCGACUCAUCUUCUCGACGAUCACCACUCGCAUGAAUCUCAGCGAUGAGGUGGACCUCGAGGACUACGUGGCCAGACCUGACCGCAUCUCCGGCGCCGACAUCAACGCUAUCUGUCAGGAGGCGGGUAUGCAUGCCGUGCGAGAGAACCGAUAUGUAGUGCUUCCCAAAGACUUCGAGAAGGGCUACAAGAAUAACAUCAAAAAGGAUGAAUCGGAACACGAAUUCUAUAAAUAA